GGGGGGGGCACUUUUGCUUCAUAGAAUGUCCUUCCACUAUUGGUUAGACACAUAACCAGCAAGACCACAAGCGGAGUGUCGGCUCAGGACUUCUGCAGAAGAAUGUCGGCCAAUUCCUCCCUCGCUUCGUCCAAGGAUGGGAAGACCACGGAGGUGGACGUUGACGCCAUCAUGGGCAACCUAACCAUUGUCCUCUACACACUGACCAUCACACUUGGCAUCACAGGCAACAGCAUGGUCAUCUGGGUGGCUGGUUUUAAACUCAAGCCUACGGUGACCAACGUCUGGCUGGUGAACCUCGCGGUGGCCGACCUGAUCUUCUGCCUGACUCGAGUGCUCUCCCUGACCAAGAAGCUCUUCUUUGACCAAUGGCCCUUCGGCAUCUUCCUCUGCAAAUUCAACGGAUUCUUCAAAUACACCAACAUGUUCUGUUCCGUCUUCCUGCUGGCCGUCAUCAGCCUGGACCGGGCUCUGUGCAUCUGGCACCCCGUCUUCACCCGGCGCCGCCGCACCCUGUGGGCGGCGAGGCUGGUGAGUGUUGGCGUCUGGGUGGUGGCGAACGUCCUCAGCUCGCCGUACUUCGCCUACCGCCAGGUUUACCUGGGCAAGAACAACCUGAGCAAAUGUUCUCUGGAGGUGAAGGAGUCCGCGGCUGGAGAUAAUUCGGCCAAGCUUGCCCUGUACUCCAUCCGCUUCCUGUGCGGCUUCCUGCUACCGUUUCUGGUCAUCCUGAUCUGCUACAUCCUGGCCGGCGUUGGAAUCCGACGUGCCCGCUUCUCGGGGAAAUCCCGCCCCCUGCGCAUCUUGGCUUCGCUGGUUAUCGCCUUCUUCCUGUGCUGGGCGCCCUACCACUGCCUCCUACUGGUUAAGAUGGUGGACAGCAAGCGUGCGGUGGUGAAAAUCGGGCUGCCCGUGGCGAAGGGGUUUGCUUACUUCAACAGCUGUGUGAAUCCGCUGCUGUAUUUCUGCAUGGGGCUGGACAUGAGGGGCAGGUUCCGGCAGAGUCUCGCCGGGGUGUACCGGAGGGCUUUGGCAGAGGACACCGACGGACGCACGCUGGCGGACAGCACCGAGUCGGGCGGGGCAAACCCCAACGCCGUGGCGGGCGGGGCGGCUCGGUGUCCGGUCAGCACGGCUAAAGUUUGAUGCCCUUUGUAACUCUACCGAGGCUCUGAGCCGCGGUCCGAUUAUACAACUUCACAUCCAAUCCGCUCCCAUCCUGACACAAGCUGAGCCCCCCCCCCCCCGGCCGAUCCUCUCCGGUCGUAUUUUGGGGGUAUUCCGGUGCCCCCUGAGUAUUUGGAAGUGUAGCCCGCAAGCAGCUGCACCGGAGCCACACGACCAUGUGCAGCGCCACACCGUGGACGACAGACGUGCCCCGCGCCGUCGAACGGAUGACGUCAUAACUGGGUAGAUAAGCUGCUGCUGCUGCUGCCAGCGGGAAGCCGGCUGCGGCACUGCAGCGUAACAACCGCCUUUCCAUGUAAAGGCGCUUAUGCAAAUUUAAAAGUUUGGAAUUAAAAAGAAAAAAGGGCUAAACGGAAACGGCUUUUAUUGAAUAAAAUC